GGCGUUUAGAUCCGCCAUCUUGUUUAUUUUGAGCCUAUUUGCUCGAAAAACAAAGUAAUAUCUGCAUAUAUCAUCGCCAUCGGACAAGAAUACUUGCUCAAAUCAUUGCAACAAUCAACGUUUGUUAUUUAUAAAUAGGUUGCUGCUUUUAUUUUUUGUGAAUAUUUGGGAAAUAUAUUCCCAACCGUCAUCUUUUACUGUUGACAACUUUCCCGGAAGAGAAAGAAAAUGGGUACUAAAGAUGAUGAAUACGACUAUCUUUUUAAAGUUGUACUGAUUGGAGACAGUGGUGUGGGAAAGUCCAAUCUUUUGUCCAGAUUUACUAGAAAUGAAUUCAACUUGGAAAGCAAGAGUACAAUCGGGGUUGAAUUUGCCACAAGGAGUUUUUAAAUGGACGGUAAAAAAUCAAAGCCCCCGAUAUGGGACACAGCUGGCCAAGAACGAUACAGGGCUAUCACUAGCGCGUAUUACAGAGGGGCUGUUGGUGCAUUGUUAGUCUAUGACAUUGCUAAACAUUUAACAUAUGAAAAUGUAGAAAGAUGGUUGAAAGAAUUACGUGACCAUGCAGAUAAUAAUAUUGUGAUAAUGUUGGUGGGCAACAAGAGUGAUCUACGACAUUUAAGAGCCGUACCAACAGAUGAGGCAAAGGCAUAUGCAGAGAAGAACACACUGUCAUUUAUUGAAACUUCUGCAUUAGAUUCCACAAAUGUUGAAACUGCCUUCCAAAAUAUAUUAACAGAGAUAUACAAAAUAGUUUCACAAAAACAGAUACGGGACAACCCAGAUGAUGAUAAUUCACCAAGUAACAAUGUACAGACAAUUACUGUUGCACCGACCGAUAAUAAUGUAACAAAUAAAAAGUCAUGUUGCAACGUUUGAACGAAUGUAACUAGCCUGCUCAUGAAUGUGGAUACAUUGGUACGUGUUUGAGUGUGAGUGUGUGGACAAAUGGAUUUUUUUAUGCGCCGUUUGGCAGUGGACUGGACAAAGCUGGGAAAAUUUAAAAAAUAAAGAGGAAUGCUGAGCGACCUUAAUUUAGAACAUUGAAUGAAACAUAAGAAAAAACAAAAAGAAUUUUGAUUGGAGAUUGAUACUCUGGAUGGUGGAUUAUAUUUAGAAACUUUUUUUUCUCUCGUAUUCAUUUUCAUUGUGCUUCAAGAAAACUGUUGUAUUCUACUUUUUAGCGGCAUUUAUUUACUAUGGUUUCUUUCCAUUUCUUAAGAUGUUGAUAUAUUUAUUGCUUAUAUACUUUUAAGUAUGAAUGAACAUUAAGAGAAAAAUCUUGAUAACAUUAUUGUCAGUUUUUAACAAUUUCAGUCCAGAGGUUUAAAUUUAGAACAUUUCUUGUGUACUUUUGUCAAUUAUGAAAAAAUGAUUUUGCAUGUACAUCGAAGUGGCAAAGUAAAAUGGUAGCAUUUAUGAAUCUACACAUAGUCUUUAUACAGGGGUGGUUUUAAACUUUAGAUUUGUAUGUAUGGAUAUUAAGAUGAUCAUUUAAAAAAUUGAUAGUCAAGUGUUCAAACUUUUUGCUAAGGUAUAAAUUUAAUUAUUCGUAUUCAUCUAUAUACAAUAUAAGUUACAUGAGACUUUUUACUUAACAAACUUUUGGUCAGUUGAUUAAGUGAACAAAAAAAAUAACAGCCCAUCAUAUGCCAUUUAGAUGUAAAAAAACCAUGUUGGCUCGCUUAAAAUGCAAUAUAACAUUGUUAAAAUAGUCUAUUUUUAAAUUUCUUUUCUACUUUGCUUUCUAAUGAAAUAUUUUUAUUGUAUAACUGUGUGACUGUUGUUUAAAAAAUAUAUAUAAUAUGAUGUGAUAAAACUAUUAAUUAUUCUGAUAUAUAUGUUAUGUCUAUUAAUAGAUUUCAUGCCUAUAAAUAGAUUUUUUUUUUCAUAUCUAUUUAUAGAUUUAUGUUUCUAUAUAUAGAUUUCAUGCUGCUUAUUACAUUUGUGGCACUUGUUUCUGUGUACAUUAUAUCUUCAGUUCAACAUAUAUAUGUUUGUCUGUACGUGGAAGGGAUAACUCCAUAUUUCUUUUGUAAGUUAAUAUUUUUGGGAUACUUGUAGUAAUGACAUUUGAAAAAAAAUUAAUAUUUAAAAAAAUAUAUAAGCCAGGAUCCAAACAUGUCAUUGUUGCCAUUUGAAAAUAGGAGAGAAUGACUAACCAACCAAUCAGAUUCGAGCAUUUUGAAUAAAAGAUGUCUUUUACAUAUAGCUUUUGUUUUAAAUGAUAAAUUAAAGGGUACGAUAUUUAAACUUCAAUACCAUUGAAAUGUAUUUAAUCAAUAGUAUUUGUCAGUAUUAUAAAAUAAAGACAUACAUAAAAACAUUCAUUUUUCUAGUGGCUUCUCGAUCAACCAAGUCACUUUGAUGAGUGUAAAGUUGGUCGAAAAUCAAAAUAGGCUCGGCAGAAUCAUUUGAUUACAUUUAUUUUUUUCAGGCGGUGUUUUAUAUAUCGAAUCAUAUUGUACAUUUUUUGUCAUCAGAGCUUACUAAUAUACUACAUUUCAACAUAACAAUGUACACAUUUUCAUAAACAACUUGUAAGAACAUUACACCAUUAAGGAUACAUUGAAAUUUGAAUGAGUGAAGUUUGUGAACAAAUAAGAUCAUUUACAUGUUAUUUUCUCUCUUUUACAUCAAAUUUUAACAUCAUUUUUGCUUAUAUUUGUGGCUCUCAUUUUGAAACAUGAAAUGAGUUCCCAUUUUUGCUGUAUGUUUUAU